GCCCCCAGAUAGAUAGGGGUAUUUUUUUUCUUUUAGGAGAAGAAAAAAAUAGACCUAAAUGAAGAGAAACACCAACAAAGAAGGAGAGAGGCCUGCAGAGUCACGUGGGGGCAGAGACCAAUUGGGCCUCCGGCGCCCCCCCCCAGGGCGGGGAGGAGGAGGACGGACGGACAGGGCCAGCCUACUGUCCGCCCGCCGCCCGCCGUGGCGUGAAGGAGCCUGCGUGUGCCCGCGGUCUCCCUGCCCCACCUGGGCCGCCCGAGCCUCCCCGCGGACGCCCGUGCCCACCGGCCACCCUCGCCCAGCGUGGGAGCUCGCCUUCCGCUCCGCGGACGCCGCGGGCAUGGACUAUUCGUACGACGAGGACCUGGACGAGCUGUGCCCGGUGUGCGGGGACAAGGUGUCCGGCUACCACUAUGGGCUGCUCACGUGCGAGAGCUGCAAGGGCUUCUUCAAGCGCACGGUGCAGAACAACAAGCACUACACGUGCACCGAGAGCCAGAGCUGCAAGAUCGACAAGACGCAGCGCAAGCGCUGUCCCUUCUGCCGCUUCCAGAAGUGCCUGACCGUGGGGAUGCGCCUGGAAGCCGUGCGCGCCGACCGCAUGCGAGGCGGCCGCAACAAGUUUGGGCCCAUGUACAAGCGGGACCGGGCCCUGAAGCAGCAGAAGAAGGCGCAGAUCCGAGCCAACGGCUUCAAGCUGGAGACAGGCCCCCCCAUGGGGGUGCCGCCGCCCCCGCCCCCCCCGGACUACAUGCUGCCUCCCGGCCUGCACGCGCCUGAGCCCAAGGGCCUGGGCUCCGCGCCACCUCCCGGGCCACUGGGCGACUUUGGGGCCCCGGCGCUGCCCAUGGCCGUGCCCGGCGCCCACGGGCCCCUGGCUGGCUACCUCUACCCCUCCUUCCGCCGCGCCAUCAAGUCCGAGUACCCCGAGCCUUAUGCCAGCCCCCCGCAGCCCGGGCCCCCCUACGGCUACCCGGAGCCCUUCUCUGGAGGGCCUGGCGUGCCCGAGCUCAUCCUGCAGCUGCUGCAGCUGGAGCCGGACGAGGAGCAGGUGCGCGCGCGCAUCGUGGGCUGCCUGCAGGAGCCCGCCAAGGGCCGCCCCGACCAGCCCGCGCCCUUCAGCCUGCUGUGCAGGAUGGCUGACCAGACCUUCAUCUCCAUCGUGGACUGGGCACGCAGGUGCAUGGUCUUCAAGGAGCUGGAGGUGGCCGACCAGAUGACCCUGCUGCAGAGCUGCUGGAGCGAGCUGCUGGUGUUCGACCACAUCUACCGCCAGAUCCAGCACGGCAAGGAGAGCAGCAUCCUGCUGGUCACCGGGCAGGAGGUGGAGCUGACCACGGUGGCCGCGCAGGCGGGCUCCCUGCUGCACAGCCUGGUGCUGCGGGCGCAGGAGCUGGUGCUGCAGCUGCACGCGCUGCAGCUGGACCGCCAGGAGUUCGUCUGCCUCAAGUUCCUCAUCCUCUUCAGCCUCGAUGUGAAGUUCCUGAACAACCACGGCCUGGUGAAGGACGCGCAGGAGAAGGCCAACGCCGCGCUGCUCGACUACACCCUGUGCCACUACCCGCACUGCGGGGACAAGUUCCAGCAGCUGCUGCUGUGCCUGGUGGAGGUGCGGGCGCUGAGCAUGCAGGCCAAGGAGUACCUGUACCACAAGCACCUGGGCAACGAGAUGCCCCGCAACAACCUGCUCAUCGAGAUGCUCCAAGCCAAGCAGACUUGAGCCUGGCGGAGGGCGGAGAGGGCGGCCGGGCGGGGAGGGGCCGCGGCGCAGCCACCCGGGCCCUCCAGAGGGUUUAUUUCAUGACGCUGCCCCGGGAGCCCCACCCCACAGGCCCCUGCCCCCAGCUCGGAAGCCCUGUGUUCGGGAAGGCGGGUGUGGGUGGGCAGGGCCUGGUGGAGGGGUGGGCCCUGCUCAUCACAGCCUCCUGCCUGCCACGUGGAGCGCCCCAAGGAGGUGAUGCUGAUCACCCCCUCCUCCCCCUGCUCCCAGCUGUCUGUCCUGGAGUCUGGUGUGCAGGCCCAGGGGGGAGGUUUGGGGUUCCCUGUGGGUACCGCUGUGGCCCUUGGGUCAGAGGUCAUUCCUUCUCCUCCUGCAAACAGAGGCAGAGAGAGGUUAUGCGGGGGUCAACGGGGGGAGAAGUGGGGGUCUCCAGAGCCUCCCACAGACACCAGGAGGGCAGCCCUCUGUUUUGUGAACUGGGGUCAGCAAAAUUGGGCAGGCUGGUCAGGCCCUAGAGGACCCUGGGAGACUGCGUAGGACAAGAAGCCCUCCUCCCCGGCUCUCUACCCCCUCCCCGACUUCUGCAGGGGAAACUUUGCCAUGGGGCCUGGAAGAACAGCUCCAAUCGCCUUUCUCGCCUUCUCUCUCCAGAGGAGUGGCUGGCACAGUCAGCAUUCUUGCCCCGCCCCAAGUGGCCCGCCACGCUGGUAUUCACCUGCCUUUUUGUUUUGGUUGGUUUGGUUUUGAAUCUCCUAGCUACCCCUCGAAAAGUGUAUGUGGGGGGCAGAGGACAGAUCUGAGCACUGAGUCUGGGAUUUGGGGAUUAACACCAUGGUCUCUCCCUAAGCACCCUCGUACCAAGCACCCAUGGUGGUGCUGGGUCAUUAUUUCAGAGCCCCACUCCAAUCCAGAGGCGCUGUGGCUUGCCCCCACCCCACUAGAUGGGCAGCAGGAUGCGCUGGGUGGAAGCUCAGGAUCUCCAUGGGUAGGAAUGUGGGUGAACUUGGGGAGGGAGUGGGGGUCUCUAGGUCAGGGACAUUGGUGAUCAGCCUCUCCUCAUUGACCCUAUCGCAUUGGGUCCCUUGCCGCAACCCCCUGAAGCUGGGCCUUAGCUCCCUGGCCUCCUGCCCGGUGUCCUGACUCUCCGGCCCAGGCACUAGGGCGAGGCCUCGCUGUCCCCGUCCCCGUGUCGGGCCACUGUCUGUCCUGCUUUAAUGUUGCUGUUGCAGCUUGUGCUGACCUGCCCAUUUGGAAGUGACUGGGUAUCCCUACUCCCCCACCACCCUGCCUCAGCCCCUACCCUUGUCCACUGAAGCGUGUGCCCCUGUCAAGGUUGGAGACCCACAGCCCCCAAACGAGAAGUGCCCUUAAGAAGCUCCCCGGCCCUGCCACCCUGGAAUAAAUUUUGCAAUUAGUUUCCAGCUACCUUUGCCUGUUUACUUUCUGGGGCCAUAGCAGAACUUCCUAGGAAGGUUUGGGGGGCCUAGGGUAGGGCAGUGCUCUGAUUAGGAUGGAGGUGACACUCAGAUAACCUUUGAUUCAAAACAAUGGGGAGGCUGACUGGGGUGUGGGAACCAGAAUGGGGAACACCACUAUGUGGGCCCCACUUCAUCUCUGGGACCCCGCCAUCCACAGGAGACCUGGGAGAUGCUGGGGCCUUCUGGGGCUUCCAUCUUAGUUCCACCAUGGCCGUAAGAGUCAGUCCCCACCUUGGGCAGGAGGGAGCAUUUAAUGAGUACCUACUGCAUGCACCCCUCUCACUGUCCCUACUGUAGCCCUGAGAGGCAAGGAUUAUAACCUAAGUAGGAGGAGAUAUGCGAGGUGUACCCCAAUCACUAACCUGGAGGUGAAAUUCAGGCAAACCUGGGUCCACCCGGCUCCCGAGCACUGUCCCCUUCCUCUGUGCCGGGAAGGCCUU